UUCCAGUUCUCCGUCUCAUUUUGUGCAGUUAUGUCUCAGUGGCACUGCUUUAUUGCGCGAUGCCAGAGCUCUCAGCUUACCUGCUCCUCUCGGUUUUGUUGAUAUCCUUCGAGGAUGGGUACGUGAACAGGGCGGAGGGUGGUUUGGUCCCCCCUGGCCCUACCCCGCCGUUGGAAGACAAUGCCAGCGCCGCUGGUACAGAUGGAUCCGUCAGUAGACAGACGCUCCAAGAACAUCAAGUUCAUACGUCGACCCUUGUCCCAUCAGCACCUCGUCUGGCCCUGAGAGUUUGGGUGAAGGAUGCGUCCAGCCAGCGUUUCAUCGUAGGUGCGUCGGUGGAGGUGUUUGUGAACGGCACGCAGGUGGACAGCGCCGUGACGCAGGGCAAUGGGGAGGUGCUGCUCCGGGUGCCCUACGCCCUGGGCCAGACCCUCAGCAUUGUGGCUAGCAUGGACGGCUACGUCCACAAGCAGCUGCCCUGGAAGACCACCAAGAUGCCCAUAUUCUCCUCCGUGACCCUGGCUCUGCUCCCACAAACCCAAGGCAACAUCUGGCUUUAUGACGAUUCUGUGCUGAUCACCCAGAAAACAUCUGCGUACACCUCCCAGCCCAGUGUACAGUUCCCCAAAAGCUUGCUGAAGCUUCCGAACAACACCAACAUCUCCAUGGUUACAGCCUAUCUGACGUUGCCACCCGUUGAAAAGGAUUGCCACCUGUGCACAAUCGGUCUCCUUAGCAACCGUUCAGGCUUCAGGAGCGUGAGGCUCAGUCCAGUGGCCGGUCUCAGCACCCAGCUUCUGGCCGACGGGAAAGAGCUUCCUGUCAGUGGACCGGUCAAGAUCACCGUGCCUCUGCCCCACAGCGCAUACUGGCGGUCAUCCGACUCCAUACCUGCAUGGGCAUUUGACAGCAAGACAGGCACCUGGAUGAAUAAAGGUUUUGGGACGGUGAAUAGAGAUGGGGACACUCUCAUCUGGACGUACGUGGCAUCUCACCUCGGGGACUGGCUCGCGGCCCCCAUACCCGCCUUCCACGGUUACAUGGGCCAUGGGGCAGCCUCUCUGGACAUCUCAUAUCACACGUACCUCCUCAUGGGCAGCCUGGGAGGAACGCUGCUCAUAGCCAUUGGCUUUUUGUCCGUGAUCUUGUGUCACUGUAGACAUUCUGCACGGGGUAGGGUGAGGAGGCGGAGUUCUGCCCGUGUGGUCCUGCAGAAAGACCAGACCACAUCCACCAGCUGCGAUGGAGAAGACGACGAGUAUCCCCACGACGACCGCACCUUCUCGCUGGCCACCAUGGCCCAGCGCAACGCCUCAACCACCCCCCGACAUCAAGCCAACUACAACAUCUACGUGGAGGAUGUCGGCCGCUCGUUCAAACUGUAUGAGAAUGUGGGCGGCGUAGGAGCGACCGAGGGCACCAAGUCGCCGAUGCCGUCGGUCUACGUCAACAGCGAGGAGGUGGCGAGGCUGAGGGAGAUGUCCGACCAGAACCGACCGGCCCAGGGCGCUGGCGAGAAUAUGUUCAAGGACAAGCUGUUCCACAUUUACAACCAGCCGGUAGCCCUUGUCCCAGCACCGGAGCUCUUCGCCAGCCAUCUGCCGCCGACAUCCCAGGCUGAGCCUUCAGGCUGCCGAUCGGCCACAUUCCCCAGGAAUGGCAUGGAGCAUGGGCCGCAGUCGGAGCGCAAUUUGCAGGACGGCUUCACCCAAACACUCCCCAAAAACGCCACGCAGGACAGUGACGAGCAGCCAGUCUCGGAGGGUGCAAUCCAGGGUGCAGCCAUCAACCCUGGCGUCUGGGGCCGCUACAGCCACCUCCUGGAGUCAGUCUCUGUGCCGGGAACUCUGAACGAAGCAGUGGGGAUGGGCCCCUUCCGGGCCGAGCUUCAGGGUAUCUCAGAACAGACCCUGGUGGAGCUCUCCAAAGCCAAGCCGUCACCACACCCACCCAGAGCCUGGUUUGUCUCCCUAGAUGGCAAACCCGCCGCCUCAGUGCGCCAUUCAGUCAUCGAGAUCCAGGGCCGACACCGGCCCGGCAGCAGCAACGACACCAGCCUGGACUCGGGGGUGGAUAUGAACGAGCACCAGCAACCUCUCCUGAAAAUGGAGCGUGAGGGGCCCUCUUUCCCAGCCAUGCCCAGAGCAGGUGGGCCUAGGAGCCAAGAGGAGCCCGACCUGAGCAGCAGCGAAAUCGGAAGUCCCGAGGAUGGAGCCCUGAGGCACACCUUUGAAAGUAGCUACGCCGGCAUGCCGUUCAGCAGCAUCUCGGAGGAGAGGGACGUGGGCGACACGUCAAGCGAGUCCAGGGGCACCCCGCCACCCCGACGGCCUAGAAAGGUCCGAGACAAGGGUAGGCCAGACAAAAAGAGUGGUCGGCAUGUACGUGAGGAAAGGCCACAAAUGAAACGCUAGCCUGAGCUAAAAUUCUGCCAAGCUCUAAAAGUAAAAGUAAAAACAUCUGAGUAAAAGCAUCUGUUUGUCAUCAGUCUGCCAUGUUAUGUCACAUGGUAUUAUGAAAUAUUUCUCAAACAAUAUGACCAAAUUUAGUAUUUCUACAUGCUGUUUGGGGAGCAUGUUUAUUAAAUGUGGAAUGAUUAAAAGGUUGAGGUGAGGAAAAUGCUUUCAGUCAUGACAUUGGUUUGAUGUUUCUGACAGAUGUGGUUCCGUUACUUUCUUCUCUUAAUGCUGUUGUUAUAAGAAAGCACACACUAACCAUAGCUGCUGCUUUUUUCUACAGUUUAAAGCUAACAGUGCAGAUAAACCAGUUGCAACAUGGUACAUGUGCACAAAGUCAAUCCAGAAACAGAACAUAUUUAUAUCCAAAAGCACAUCAAAGGCCGAACACAUGAAAGUCGACUUUGCAUAAGUCGCAAAGCAUUGAUUUACCACAACAAAGUAAGGGAAUGGGGUGAAAUCUUUGACUUUUUACAAUGGCACUUAACAAGUUGUUUUUACUGAGCUGAUUGCUGUCCUGUAAGAUUUAUUUAGUCAUUGAUGACUGUUUUGAUGGUUAUUGCAUUGUUCUAAACAGAUUUCCAAAUGUGCUCAGCUAGACUUGCUCUAGAACCAGCUGUGAUGUUUUGCCUUUUGGUCUGUCAGAGAUUUUAAAGACGGUCAUUUUUGUAAAAGUCUCUUUGUGCGAUAAUAACAACAUUUAAGCUACUGGUAGAAUAGUUGCAGGAAUAGUUUGUGCCAAAUUUAGAUUACCACUACUCUAGCGCCAUAUAUAUAAAAAAUAACAAACACAAAUUUAUGAAGCAGUGUAGCCAACACUUGCAGAAACAAGAUUCAUCUAUUUUGUUAUCUGGUCAAGCUCUACUGGAUUUUCCAGAAACUGCCACAGAGAGAAAGGGAGUGAUAGAGAGAGAGAGAAUGAGAGAGGAACGUGAAGCGACUGCAAGUAAUGACAGCAAGUUAGCUGUUCAGAAUUGCAGAAGCCUCCCUGGUCAAACAUGAAAUUGUCCGAAGCUAUGCGUGUAUAUGUGUGUACAAAAAAACUGUACAAAAUGAGCAUGCGUUCGCCGUGUCUGUCUUUGUAUGCCUCGUUGAUGAUGUGAGAAUGUUCGCAAGUGUGACGUCUCAGGUGAGAUGAGCUAUCUCAGCCCAAGGCCUUCACCAAAAAACACUUAAUAUCCAAAUCAAGCUUCGCUCGUCAUUUACCAUGUGCAUUUAGCUUAUCACGUAUCAUGUGGUUGUGGACAAAGUGAUUGUUAUGUGUAUGGUUUACUUCGUUUAAAAAAAGGUAGCUGAUAUUAUGAGUCAAUUGUCUUUUUCUUGUUUAUUAUCAUAUGUACGAAUAGUCAUCCAUAAUAGAAAACAUUUUAAAUGAUGUUUCAAGCUGGACAAGGAACUGGGCUGGUCAAUCCGCUCGAAAAUGGCCCAUUUCAGAGCCACAGGCAUUGCUAUAUUAAGAGAGAAAUUAACACUGUGACCUGGUCAAUGCUUUGAAACUCAAGAACCUGUCAACCUUCUCCGUUCAUCUUCCACUACACACAUGUACAGGUUCUGCCUUAGUAGAGACUGGGUUGAUGUGCUUUGUUCUGAUUGAAUGGAUACUUGUGGUUCACAAGUUUACAUCUUUUCCCAUUUGUUUUGAUUUUCAUUAAUGAACAUCUGUUAUUAACAUUUCUGAAAAUGAAGGGGGAUUUUACCAUAAAUAAUUAAAAAACAACUGUGAUUUGAAGUUACAGAACCUUUCUAAACUUCAUCAACUCAACCCAAAUCUAGAAUCCAAGAGUCGUUGGAUAAUGUAACUGUAUUCCACAUAAGGCUGAUGUAUGUAUGUAUGAAUUGGGGCUGGUCCACACAACGCACUUAUUUAUAUUCUGUAUGUCAUGGCAAAAGUAAAUUCACAAUAAUUGACAUCCCUUUGCCUGAAACAUGAUUGACAAACUUGGAUGGUGUGUGAAUAAGAGAAAAUGAGAUGCAUGAUUGUAUAACGUGAAAAUCAUUUUCAAGUAGUGUCUACUGAAUGUGCUCCAGUUAUUAUUUGAUUGUAAGAUAUUUGUUUCAAUUAUUUAUGUACUUAUUUAUUCAUACAUUUAGGUAAUUCACAUGACGCCUUUCAGUCAAGAGUAGUUGUGCAACAAUGAUGGUACAUUACUUGUAUACUUCACUUCUGCCUUUUGUGCACUCUUCCAUCAACAUCAAUAAAAUCAC